AUGGCCACCAAUUCGAUAAAGCUGUUGGCUCCGGAUGUUCACAGAGGCUUGGCCGAGCUUGUCUCCAAGAGGUUGGGUUUACCGUUGAUUGAUACCGUACUGACAAGAGACCCAACUGGUGAAGUUUCGUUCUCUAUUGGGGAGUCUGUCAGAGAUCAGGAUAUCUUUAUUAUCACACAGAUAGGUUCUGGGGUCGUUAAUGACAGAGUUUUGGAGUUGUUGAUAAUGAUCAAUGCUUCAAAGACCGCAUCGGCUAGAAGAAUCACUGCGGUAAUUCCAAACUUCCCAUACGCUAGACAGGAUAGAAAGGACAAAUCUCGUGCUCCGAUUACUGCCAAACUGAUGGCCGAUAUGCUUACAACUGCUGGUUGUGACCAUGUUAUUACAAUGGAUUUGCACGCAUCUCAAAUACAAGGUUUCUUCGACUCACCCGUGGAUAAUCUUUAUGCAGAACCAAGCGUCGUGAGAUACAUUAAGGAGAAUGUCAAUUUCAAAGAGGCAAUCAUAGUUUCUCCCGAUGCUGGUGGUGCAAAGCGUGCAGCUACGUUAGCAGACCGCCUGGAUCUAAACUUCGCACUUAUUCACAAGGAAAGAGCGCGUGCGAACGAGGUCUCUCGUAUGGUUCUUGUUGGUGACGUUACUGACAAGAUUUGUAUCAUUGUCGAUGACAUGGCUGAUACAUGUGGUACUUUGGCAAAGGCGGCUGACGUGCUUUUGGAUAACAACGCUAAAUCUGUCAUUGCCAUUGUGACACAUGGGGUUUUGUCUGGUAAGGCAAUCCAAAAUAUCAACAGCUCGAGGCUUGAUAGAGUGGUAUGUACCAACACGGUGCCUUUUGAAGAAAAGAUGAAAGUCUGUCCCAAACUGGAUGUUAUCGAUAUCAGUAGCGUCUUAGCAGAAAGUAUCCGCAGACUGCAUAACGGUGAAAGUAUAUCGUACCUGUUCAAGCACUCUCCACUAUGA